CUCCUCGUCCACCACCUGUUAUACCCGGUAGAUCCCUCGGAAAUCCCGCAAAGAAGGCGAGAAGAAUCGAAACAGUAGAAUUUGAAGACGAUAGUGAAGAAGAGAAAGCAGCGAGCAAGGCUCAAAAGAAGAGAAGAAAGGCAUAG